AUGAGAAUAUUAUCAUAUGGUGUCGCAGCAGAUGCAGUUGAUGAUUACAUUCGUAUUGGGGAAAGCACUGCAAUUCAAAAAUAUUUGAGAUCUCAGACGCCAACUGACAUUGCUAGAUUGCUUGCUAUUGGGGAGUUACGUAUGGGUUAUUACCUUGCUGAUGGUUUAUACCCUCAAUGGGAAACAUUGGUUCAAACAAUUUCUUCUCCCCAAGGAGCAAAGAGACAACAUUUUGCAAUGAUGCAAGAGUCUGCCAGGAAAGAUGUAGAGCGGGCAUUCGGAGUCCUUCAAUCUCGAUUCACAGUUAUAAGUGGUGUUGUACGUUAUUGGGAUUCGAAAAUGCUUGCCAACAUAACGAAGAGUUGCAUCAUAUUACAUAAUAUGAUUGUCGAAGAUGAGAGGGAGGAGCACCUUGAUUUCAAUUAUGAUAUUUCAUCAACCAACACACCAGUGCAACUUUUCUCUACUCCUACCAAUGACUUCCAAUUAUUUUUGUCUCGUCAUUUAGGUAUUAGAGAUAAGGAUGCAUAUCCUGCCCUCCGUAAUGAUUUAGUAGAACAUAUGUGGUAUCUUCAUGGUGAACACUAA